UUAGGUCUGUCGAAAGUAAUAAAAAUAUAAACAAAUCGCACAAUAAGCAAGAAAAUGUUAAUAAAUUUAUAAUUAUAUCAUGUAAUAAAGAACAUUUUUGCAAAUCUAAGGCUAUCAUCUAUGCAUUUAGCAAUAAAUCCACCUAUGUGUGUAAAUUUAAAACAAAAGUUUGGUUGGAUAAGAUCUAAAGCCAUAUCAUGACUCACCAUUAUGAUGAUAAAAAAAUUACAAUAAUUAUCCCUGUUUAAUAAUUUCAUAAAACUAAAUUAAAGUUAAUUUAAAUUUGUUACAAAUAAAAUGUCUGCCCCUGAAGAAUUAAUAGAAAAUGCAGUGCACGCAGCAAAGUUAGCAAUAAAAUAUGACCAGGAGGGUGAGAAAGGACCCUCUGCAUAUUAUUACCAAAUAGCAGCAAAAUCUCUUGAGCAAGCUUCACAGAUUUUAGGAGAUGACAAGAAUGAAUCUAUUAAACAAAAAGGGUUGGAAUAUCAGGAGAGAGCAAAGGCUUUAAUGCGAAGUGUUGAACCUAUGAAAGAAAGUCCUACUGAAGAAGAAACUACCAAGAAAGUUGCUAUCAAACAGUGCUACUUCCUGCUUCAGCAAGCAAUAGAAGAAGACGAACAUGGAGACAAAGAUGAUGCUAUUGAGCUUUAUGCAAAAGCUGUGGAAUAUUGCACCCAGUUUCCUGAUUUAUUACAGGGCGAGCUGAAAGGUUUGGCUAUGCAAGCUUUGGAAAGGGCUGAAACUUUAAAAGGCAUUAAAAAGGGAACUGGACACAAGGAAUCUUCCUCUGCAUUAACCAGUCCUGAUUUACCAAAAGUGUCUCCUAAUAUGGGAAAUGUAACAUCGAAUGUUGGGAAUCAGAAAGCAUCUACAUCACAUCAAAAACCCACUUUUCAUAGGGGAAAUAGUGUCCAUUUAAAAGUGUCUGGUCAAGAAACAUACAGUGACAACGAAAAAGCUGUACUCCUACAUACUUCACGGAUCAAUGGUAGAGAUUAUGUGCCUUUUAUGAGUAUUGACCUAAAUGAAAGAUUUCAAUACUCAAUACCUUUUACUGAUAAAGAUGGCCAAUUAGCUUUAGCUCCCAAACAAAGAAAGGACCUGUACAAAUUCGUCAGGCCGCAAGACAUCUGUUCUGAGCCCUGUAUAGUUCACGGUUCUGUUCCAAACUACUUAAAUAUCAAACAAACUGUCAUAUCAGACUGUAGUUUUGUGGCAAGUUUGGCUGUUAGUGCGCAUUAUGAAGCGAAAUUCGGCAGAAAAUUGGUUACGUCUAUUAUUUAUCCUCAGAGUAAGGAUCGAAGGCCUUUGUAUAAUCCUUUUGGUAAAUAUAUGAUAAAGCUACACAUAAAUGGCAUCCCCAGGAAAGUGAUAAUAGAUGAUCAUUUACCAAUAGAUAGACACGGCAGAUUAUUGUGCUCGUAUUCCAGUAAUAAAAACGAAUUUUGGAUUUCACUUUUGGAAAAAGCUUAUAUGAAAGUUAUGGGAGGGUAUGACUUUCCUGGAAGCAAUAGUAAUAUUGAUCUGCAUGCACUAACAGGCUGGAUCCCGGAACGUGUAGGAAUCCGUCUGGAAGAACCGGAUUUUAAUAAGGAUACCCUCUUUAAAACCCUCGAGACCCGAAUGGCUAAUGGUGAUGUAUUAGUUUCUGUAGCUACUGGGGAAUUAUCGGAGUCAGAUGCUGAAAGGAGCGGAUUGGUGGCUACGCAUGCUUACGCGGUUAUGGAUGUGAAAACUGUUAAUGGAGUUAGACUUUUAAAAUUAAAAAAUCCAUGGUCUCACCUAAGAUGGCGUGGUAAUUACUCUGAACUAGAUACCAGACAUUGGACCCCAGAGCUUCAAAAAACCCUCAACUAUGACCCGCAUAGCGCCGCCGAGUUUGAUAACGGGGUCUUCUGGAUAGACUAUGAUAGUGUCUUAAAGUUUUUCGAUGUUUUUUACAUGAAUUGGAAUCCGGAACUGUUUAAAUACACUUAUUGCAUUCACCAGAUGUGGCACGCUGGCCAAGGACCAGCAAAAGAUUUAUAUACGAUUUCCUCUAAUCCCCAAUUUUCCUUAAAUGUCAGUCCGGAUGCUACAGGAGCCGUAUGGAUCUUAUUAUCCAGACAUAUUACAGAUAUUGAAGAUUUCAGAAAUAAUAAGGAGUUUAUUACUGUUUUUGUCUAUAAAGGAGGAAGGAAAGUGUAUUUUCCUUAUGAUCCUUCUCCGUUUAUUGAUGGCGUAAAAAUCAAUAGUCCCCACUAUUUAUGUAAAAUUAUCCUGGGCCCAACUAGUGCAAAAGAUUAUACCAUCGUAGUGUCUCAAUAUGAGAAAAGUACCACCAUUUAUUACACUUUAAGAGCUUAUGCCACUUGUCCAUUUAGAUUAAAUGAAAUUAUCGAUCCUUAUACUGUAGAAAAACAGAUUACAGGACAAUGGAAGGGAUCUAGCGCAGGCGGUUGUCCAAACCACCAAUCCACAUAUCCAAGAAAUCCGAAAAUCCAUUUGGAAAUUCAAGGGAGUUCGGAUAAUAAUCAGGUUUUAUUGGAACUGAAAGGGCCUAAACAGUACCAAAUCGGCUUAGAAGCGAUCAUUAAGCAGCUGAAUAAUGAUAGUGUUACUGCACCUUUCAAAUCGAAAAUGUCUGGGCCAUACAGGUCAGGAUACACGAUCCUAGAGCUACCGAACGUCCCCUCUGGAACUUUAGAGUUAAUUCCAUCCACUUUCUUACCUGGCCAAGAGGGCCCUUUUAUUCUAGUCGUUAAAUCUUCAGCGCCUUUUAAACUUUAUCACGAUUAAUAUCUUUUGUGCUUUAUAUUACACGUUACGUAUAAAUAUUUUAAAUUUUAUAUUUACAUUAAAAAAAGCGACAAAUCUCAA